AUGGUGGAUUUGUUCAAGGGGAGCGACGCCAUGAAGCUGGAAGGGUCCUGCAAGGGUGAGCUCGCUCUAGCCCAAACAGGCUGCACCCUCAAAUGGUUCGGCAUCAAGGGCACCAGGAUUUGCGAGGUGCCCCCUAACCUCCCCAUCACCCUCCUCUUACAACUGCUCAUCAGGACGCCGCCCUGCCAAGGCUUCUUCCAUGGGUGCCGCGGGAGCACGCGUGGACACAGCCACCUCGCGCCCCAGUGGCUUGACGCCACGCCCCUGGAUGCCAGCACUGCCCUGCCCCUCAGCAGCUUCACAACAACAAGUGAAUUAGGGAUUAGCGACUGA